UCAACCUGGAGUUUGAACAGAGUUAGAAGAGCAACUCAUUGUGCUCUCGUGAGGCGCCGGGCUUUACGGAAGAAUUAUGUGUAGUAUUAUUGUAUUAGCCACGUUGCUAAUCUCCUUUGGUGCCUCGACUACAGCAAAGGAGCUUGAGAAGACUCAGAAGGCAGCAGAAAGUCCAGUGGAUGACUUGACAACACUCUGUGAUGAUCUUGCCUUUGGUCUCUAUGCCAACCUGGGUGCCGAGAGGCCAGGGAAAAACUUGCUUUUCUCCCCCCUUGGCCUCGUCUCUGCCUUGGUGAAGCUGGCCAGGCUGUCACACGCCCACACACGGAGUGAGAUCCUAGACGCUCUCGGUCUGGGUAACAGGACAGAGGCUGCUGUGGAGCGUGCCCUCUCAGCUCUCCGAGCCCUGGAGACGAGCUUGGCCGAGCAAAAGGUCGAUGCUCAGCUUGACAUUCAGACUACUCUGCCACUUAACAGCUCCAAUCAGGAAACUGGGGAGAAAGAAAGACCACAUCAGGUGGAAAGAGUUCCUUCUACCACAGAGAGCUCGGACAAAGUCACUCUCACCAACAUAGUGCACUUUAAAGGUAAGUGGGAGCAGCCAUUUGACAGCAGACAGACGGUGAAAUGGCGUUUCCAAGCUGGGGGCGGUGAGGUGGUAGAGGUGCCUAUGAUGUUUCGAGAUGACUCAGAAGAGCUGAGGAUGUUAUAUGACACCAACUGCUCCACCACGGUGGUGGGGCUGCCAUAUUCAGGCCGUCUGGCCUCGCUCCUCCUGCUACCUCGCACUGAGCUGAGGACCCUGGAGCUCUGCCUCUCCAUCAGCAAGAUGAACUUCUGGCUUUCUAACUUGAAGACUGGGCUUGCAGAGAUCCGCUUCCCAAAGUUUGCAAUGAAGAAGUUGUACACUCUAGAAAGCCUAUUGAAAAGCACAGGCGUUCAGUCCAUUUUUUCCAAGUCAGCCAAUCUCGCAGAUCACCUGGAGGAGAAAGAUCUUGACCUGUCCCAGGCCUUACAUGAGGUUGAACUGGUGGUGGAUGAGACUAAGUCAAAAGAGAGAGGAACCUCAGAUGUCACCUUAGGCUUCUCAGAGCCACAUAGGAUCGUUUUUGACCGGCCAUUUAUAAUUAUAGUUUAUGAUGAAAUUACGGGGUUUAUUGUUCUUAUUGGAAAAAUACUUGAUCCAACAGAAGAGUAACACUAGUUUAUUUUUUGUACAGCCCCCCCCCCCCUCUUUUCAUAUUUUGAUUCUUCCUUGAGGAUCAAGAGAACGUGUGACUACGUAAUUUUUCAUUGUGCGACCUACAGAAUUUGUUUAAAUUUUACUGUAUUGUGUAUAUUACCCAUAUGGCACUGUCUAAUUAAAUUAAAUGAGUAAUGAGCAGCAACUUCACGUAAUCAUCAUAUUUGAGUUGUUAAUAUUCCAUGUAUGUUCAUAUCUGUGAACAUGAUAUUUUUUUCCACAAUAAAUCAAUACUAAUAA